AUGGCACUCCCGAUCCGCACGCGAUCAAUCCCACAAUGCUCAGCAUGUCUCCGCAACUUCGCCUGGACCGAGACGACAUCGACCUCCAUCUCCCACCAACAAGUCCGAGGCGCAAAGAAGCUCGCCAGCCGCAACGACACCGCAACCAUUCCCGUUCGACUGCGGAAAGAUCUCCCCGGCUAUGGAAAAGUAGGAGCAUACAUCCCCAUCUCAUCCGGCGAGAUGCGGAACAAAUUCUUCCCACGGCGUUUGGCAGACUACACAACGCUUCAGGAGCGGAAGGCUCUUCGGACGAGGAAUAUACCGGUGGAGCGGGACUAUGAGUUCAAGGGAUACACGGUACCUGUGUUGAAGAAGCCUACAUCCAAGUCCAUCUUCGGUCUGGAUACUUCAGCCGCUGCAAGACCUGCACCUCGGCCAGUCGCGCCUGAAAAGCUCUCGCCUGAGCGAAGCAUCGAAUUACUCAACAUCUUCGUCCGUCCACGACUAGACUUCUACCGCCAACCACUGCCGAUAGAAGUAGAGCCCGAGACUCCCACAGACAGCUCGCCAGAACAAGGUCACUCCGCAGCAGCCGAUCUGCUCGCCGUCCGCGCCAGCUCUGCAAAACCCAAGCUCGCCUCACAAGGAAUCUACGGAUCCGUCACGCCACUGGAUGUUCUGGUCGCUGUCCGAGCUGCGAUUGCAACGAAUGAUGAGGCGGCGAGAAUCGUGUUGACGGAGAAUGAUGUCGAGUUUGUGGACUUGAAGGAGGAGGAUGCGGGACGGGGAGUGAAGCAUACUGGAGACUUUACGGUGGCUAUUCGGAUGGGUAUUGCAAGGCAAGCUCUCGACAAGCUCAUGAUCCGACUCUCGGUCUACGAGUCAAGCCUCCAGCCUUCUGUCAUACACCAUCUUCUUCGUGGUCAUACAGGAUCGCCGGCAGUCCGCAAGAUCCGCAUCCGAGCAUUCAUCCGCAGACAUCCAUUCACAUGGAUGUCCAAUGCACUCUUGUCCGUGCUUCAUCUUUGUCAGCUCGCUUAG